AGCCUUCAUGAUGCAUGCUCUGCACAAACUUCUGCUGUUCUGUCUCCUGACAUAUCAUGGACAUAACGCACUUGGGAGUGAAAUCAUACAUGGUAAAAAGGCCCCGGAUAACCUGAUGCUGUACAUGGCAUCCUUGCAGAAUGAUGCAGGUAGACAUGUCUGUGGAGGAUUCCUCAUAAGUGAAAACUUUGUUCUCUCUGCUGCACACUGUAACAACUCGGUGCCUACAAGUGUUGUUCUUGGUACCCAUGACCUCAAGAAGGCUGUUAAUAAGACAGUAAGAUACAGUGUAAAGACAUGCGUGCAUCCUUCCUUUAAAAAUGCAAAAUCUGGUGCUGACAUCAUGCUCCUCAAGUUGUUGAAGAAAGCUCAGCUGAGCAAAAGCGUGCAAACGAUUAAACUUCCAAGGUCUCAAGUUAAACUUAAAGACAAUGCAAAGUGUCGUGUAGCUGGAUGGGGUCGGAAAGACACAGGUGGUGAAUCCGUGAAUGUGCUUGAGGUCGUGGAAGUGCCGGUGGUGAACGGGAAGACGUGUGAGGAAAUGUGGAAAGGUCACCUUCCUGCUAAUGUAAUCUGUGCAGGUGGAUAUAAGACGGACAAAGGAUUCUGUCAGGGUGACUCUGGUGGCCCUCUGGUGUGCGGCGGGGAGGCUGUUGGAGUCGUGUCCUUCAAUUAUCGGAGAAACUGCGCCUACCCGAAUUUUCCCAAUGUCUACACAGAUAUAUCAAAAUACCUUCCCUGGAUCAAAGAGGCACUCAAGAAAAAAAGCUCUGAUCAGCUGUUCACAUUUACAAUGGUGAUCAUCUCAGUGCUGCUGCUGCUUUCCACCCUGAAUGGGGCUGAUGGUACUAAAAUUGUCGGAGGCCGAGAUGCUGCGCCCCACUCGCGCCCUUACAUGGCUUCACUGCAAUUCCAGGGUCAGCACUUCUGUGGGGGCAUGCUGAUCAGACAGGACUUUGUGCUCACAGCAGCACACUGCUUGCUAAAUCUACCUGUCACAGCUGUUCUUGGAAUUGAUUCUCUGUCCAGUAAUGAAUCCACAAAGCAAGAGUUCAGAGUGCUCCAAUCCAUCCCACAUCCCAGCUAUGACGGCCAUGAAAACGACAUCAUGCUGCUGAAGCUCAAUGGCAGUGCCGAGUUGACUGAAGCUGUGCAGCUGAUCGCUCCGAAAAGAGGCAGGCUGAUAGAGUGCAUCACAGCUGGCUGGGGGGAUAUUGGGGAUAACAGAACUUUAGCAACGAAUCUUCAGGAAGUCAAUGUAACAAUCCUGUCUCGAAGGACUUGCCAGAGGAGAUGGGGAGCUGUUCCCAUCACCAGGUCAAUGGUUUGUGGCACUGGGUCUCGCAGCUUUCAAGGCUUCUGCUCGGGGGAUUCUGGUGGUCCUCUGAUUUGCGAUGGAGGUGCAGCAGGUGUCGUCUCCUUCUCUGGCCGGCGAUGUGGAGACCCCACGAGCCCAGAUGUCUACACACGUGUAGCAUCCUUCGGGGGAUGGAUUAGAAAUGUGUUAAGUAACAAUUAGGCUUAAGAAGACAAGACUCUUGAUAAUGCAGAAGGAUAGGGGAUGUUGUUUUCAUGUAUGUUUUACAUUGUAGCUCUGUGAUUGGUCAAAUGUGGACAUGUAAAUCCCGUUUCAUGUAUGCUCUCUCUUGGUUCCAGCAAAACUCCUUUUAAAAUGUCAAAAGCAUUUUUAGCAGACUAUAGCAACAAAGAAAAUGGAACAUGCUGAAUA